CAUGUUAUCUGCUGCAACAGAUUUGAUGCCAAGAAGAUGUUGGAGAAACUAAGGGGUCGUCGACUUGUAUUUGUUGGUGACUCCAUUGGAAGGAACCAGUGGGAAUCCCUGCUUUGCAUGCUUUCGUCAGUUGUUCCUGACAAGAGCUCAAUCUAUGAAUUGAAUGGGAACCCUAUUACAAAGCACACAGGAUUCCUGAUCUUCAGGUUCAGGGACUACAAUUGCACGGUUGAGUACUUUAGAAGCCCAUUUCUUGUGGUUCAGGCCCGCGCACCCCAUGGUGCCCCAAAGAAGGUAAAAACUACGCUGAGAUUGGACACAAUUGAAUGGACUUCGAACAAGUGGAGAGAUGCUGAUGUGCUGAUAUUCAACAGUGGUCACUGGUGGAACUAUGAGAAAACCAUCAGAGGGGGGUGUUAUUUCCAAAUUGGUAAUAAUGUGUACAUGAAUAUUACAGUGGAUGGUGCGUAUCAGAGAUCAAUUAAGACAUUAUUUGAUUGGAUACAUCAAGAAGUUAAUACAACUAGUACUCAAGUCAUCUUUCGAACCUAUUCGCCUGUUCACUUCAGUGGUGGAGACUGGAAAUCUGGAGGCAACUGUCACAUGGAGACGGUUCCUGUACUGGGCAACUCACAGGUUUCACUGAAACCUUGGUCCGAAUUCCUGAAGCCAUUCAAGAACAUGAAUUCAGCUCAAUCUAAUGAAAAGUUUCCAAAGAUUGAACUACUGAAUGUAACUAAGAUGACAGCUAGAAGAAAAGAUGGCCACCUCUCCUUAUUUUAUCUUGGUCCGUCGGUUCGAGCACCGCAAUAUAGACAGGAUUGCAGCCAUUGGUGCUUGCCUGGUGUUCCUGACGCUUGGAAUGAGCUUCUUUAUACCCUUUUCAUGAGGAGAGAAUCCAUGGAAGAUUAUAGCAUUACAGACCUCACUCAAUAGUUGACAGUAAAACAAAGGCAAAGCCAGUGAAUCUUUUUGUGCUUGAUGUGCUCAAGACUCAGAAGAGAAAUUUCUAUAAGCAACCAGGCUCUCAUGCUUGAUUGAGAUGGCACAAUACUGCAUUGUUUAUUUUGCUUUCAGUAGCAAGGAUAGCAAAUAGUAGAAUGAGAAAAGAAAAAUGAGAAUAGGGUAGAUGAGAUGUUCAAUGUAAAUAUAGUUUAAAUUUUUACAUACAAUUUGCUUAAAAGGUGGAACAAAUGUGCAUAUGAUUAUUAAAAUGAAUUCUACACAAAGUGAGCAAUUUUAACAUGUUUA